AUGGUAACAGCUAUGCCAUUACCACCAUCUCCAUUGAAUCAAAAAUCUAGUAGAGUAUACUCUGUCGCUAGGGUUUACAAGAAUGCUUGUGAGAAAAGACCGCAGGAAUAUUGGGAUUACGAACAAGGUGUUACCAUUGAAUGGGGUAAAAUAUCUAAUUAUGAGAUUGUGAACAAGAUUGGACGCGGUAAGUACUCUGAAGUGUUUAGUGGGAAAAGUGUUAUUAAUAACCAACCAUGUGUGGUCAAAGUUUUGAAGCCUGUAAAGAUGAAAAAAAUAUAUCGUGAACUAAAGAUUCUAACCAAUUUAACGGGUGGUCCUAAUGUUGUUGGUCUUCUAGAUAUCGUACAAGAUCCAGGUUCUAAAAUUCCUGCUCUGAUCUUUGAAGAGAUUAAAAAUGUUGAUUUUAGAACUCUUUAUCCACUCCUCAAAUUGAGUGACAUGCAGUACUAUUUUACACAACUUUUGAUUGCACUUGAUUAUUGCCAUUCGAUGGGGAUAAUGCAUAGAGAUGUGAAACCACAAAAUGUUAUGAUAGAUCCGGCAGAAAGGAAGCUAAGGCUAAUCGAUUGGGGGUUAGCAGAGUUUUAUCACCCAGGUGUUGAUUAUAACGUUCGUGUUGCAUCACGUUAUCAUAAGGGUCCGGAAUUAUUAGUUAAUUUAAACCAAUAUGAUUAUUCAUUAGACUUAUGGUCAGUUGGUUGUAUGUUGGCAGCUAUUGUUUUCAAGAAAGAGCCAUUUUUCAAAGGUUCCACAAAUGCUGAUCAACUGGUUAAAAUUGCAGCUGUUUUAGGUACAAAACAAUUAAUGACAUAUUUGGCCAAAUACGGGUUAAAAUUACCAUCAGAAUACGAUAAUAUUAUGAAGGAUUUCACAAAGAAACCGUGGACCCAUUUUAUCAGUUCAGAGACAAAGAUGGCAGUUCCUGAAAUUGUCGAUUUAAUCGAUAAUUUACUGAGGUACGACCAUCAAGAACGUCUUACCGCUAAAGAAGCUAUGGAUCAUAAGUUUUUCAAAACUAACUACGACUAA